AUGAACCCUGAUGUACAAGGGACCCAUCUAGAAUUAGAUCCAGCAAAAGCGGUAGCCCAAGGGAAGGACUUCUUUAGGCAGUUCUCUCUGGUGAUUGCUUGCCAGAUGACCCAGACCUCGGCGAUUCAAUUGGGCAAGAUAUGUGAGGAGCUGGUCAUUCCUUUGGUCUUGGUGACCUCUCUUGGAUUUGUAGGCAAGCUGCGCAUUUACGCAUCGCAGCACUGCGUGUGUGAGACAAAGCCAGAUUCAGAGUUUGGUGACCUGCGCCUCAAUGACCCCUUUCCCGAGCUGAGGAGGUUUGCAGAUUCAAUUGACUUUGCCAGCCUCGAUGAUGCAGCGCAUGCGCAUGUGCCAUAUGUGGUGAUUCUCAUACGAGCCUUGGACUCCUGGAGGAGUCGAGCAGAAGGAAGGACACUACCAAAGAAUUCAGCAGAAAAAGAUGAGUUCAAAGACAUUGUGAGUAAAAUGCGGCGCAGUCCCCAAGAGCUCAACUUUGACGAGGCGCUUCAGAAUGCCUACAAGGCCUGGAUGCCUUACGUCAUUCCCGACUCUGUCCAGCAGGUCUUGUCAUUGGUUUCAACCAGCGGCAAGAGCGACUUUUGGAUACUUGCCCGAGCAGUCUCCCAAUUUGUCAGAGACUGUGGGAAGCUUCCACUUGCCGGCAGCCUGCCUGACAUGACAGCCAGCACCGACAUGUACAUCAAACUCCAGGAUCUGUUCCAAUCUCCGUUGAACUCACUUUGUGCAGUAUGUGCAACAUGUGGUGCCAUGCAUGAGUUUUCUGAUCCCAAAGCUGCUAUUCGUCAAAUUGGCACACCAAGAGAUACAUCAUGA